UUAUCGACGGUUUCCCCAAACACCUACGGCGGCGAGUUUCUGUUGAAAUGGAGAUGGCUAUGGAGGAGUCGUGCUCUCAUUCGCUUCUCUUCCUUGCUCGCCACGCCCUUCAAUCUGACGGACGAACUCCUCGCUUUCUGAAGAAUCCUAUACAGAGUACGCCGCCAAUAUCUAGUUGUUGGAUUUUCCAAGCUUGUUUCUAGAUUUACCUCGUUUUAUAUCUUGUCGCCCAAAGUUGUAAUUAGAGGGUUCGAAACGGACUUGGUGUUUUAGAUUCUGGUGAAUUUGUCUUUAUUUUGCUGAUAUUUGUGAACAACAUAGGUCUUUAAAUUUCUAGGGAUUUGGGGUUUUAAGGUGAAUUGUCUUUGAAUUUGAGUAUCUAAGGUUUCAAGUGGUUCUUGAAUGUUCUCUGGCAACGCACACAAAUAUUGGUCGGUGGAACUUUUAAUCUUUUGUUAGGUAUUUGAAUGGCGGGGAGGUGGGACGUUGGGGUUCCCAAGACUAAUGCUUGUAGUCUUCGAGAGCAAGCAACAAGAACAAUUCUUCGCAAUGUGAGGUCACAAGGGCACUCAUAUGUUGAGGUCCGAGAAGAUGGGAAAAAGUUCAUUUUCUUCUGUACUCUGUGUCUUGCCCCAUGCUAUAGUGAUAAGGUGCUCUUUGAUCAUCUCAAGGGUAAUCUUCACAAUGAAAGAUUAGCCGCUGCUAAGGUUACUCUUUUACGACCAAAUCCUUGGCCUUUCAAUGAUGGCGUGGUUUUCUUUAAUAAUUCAUAUGAGACUGAUAAAGGGGUAGUGACUCCGGAUGACAAUAAAUGUAGGAUGUUGGAGUCUCAUGACAAUGAGAACAAUCUUGCUAUUGUCAAAUAUGGUGGAAAUCUGAAAACCAAUGGCUAUGAUCAUUGUGGUGUUGAUGGGCUUGAGUGUAAUGAGUAUAUCGAUUUGCAAGGGUUGCAGUCAAAUGUUGGAGAUUCAACUGCUGAUGGAGCAAAGUCCUCUGUGGUGAUCCCUGGUAUUGUGGUUAGGGAUGAAAUUACUGAUUUAGAAGUGAGAGAGGUGGGUUUGGGAGAAAUUGCUGCAAGGUUCCUUGGGAAAGAUGGUAUUGGUAGAAUAUGGUGUGAAUGGUUGGGAGUAAAAUCUAUAGACAGUGAGGAUUUAUGCAAUGUUCCUGAGCACGAUUUCGCUGUUGUUACCUUCAGUUAUAAUAUUGAUUUGGGUAGAAAAGGUUUACUUGAUGAUGUAAGGAUGUUGCUCUCAUCCAGCCCUACAAUAGAAUCAGGGAAUGGUGAAGGCACCGGUUGUAAGAGAAAGAAAUCCUUCUCUGACCCUGAGGAUAUCAGCGAUUCUCUAAGUAAUCAGUACGAGUCAUUUGGGGAAGAUUCCUCUGCUUCCAGUGGUACAGCAUCUAGGUUGCUUCUAGACCAUUAUGAUGAUCAGUUACUGAAUACAAGAUUUAUAUUGAACAAAUCUAUAAGGCGAGAGCUCAGACGGCAACAGCGUUUAGCGUCAGGAAGAAUGUGUGACAUCUGUCAACAGAGGAUGCUUCCUGGGAAAGAUGUAGCAACUCUCAUGAAUCUGAAGACUGGAAAGCUUGCUUGCAGUAGUCGAAAUGUGAACGGGGCUUUUCACGUGUUCCAUACUUCUUGCCUUAUACACUGGAUACUUCUGUGUGAAGUUGAGGUAAUCACAAAUCAGAAUACUGGUUCAAAAGCGAGGAGAAGGUCUAGGAGGAAAACUGCGGCCAAGUGCAAUGGAAAAGAUGCUCAGUUGAAAUCUUUGAGCCCACAAAUUUAUUCUGUAUUCUGCCCAGAGUGCCAGGGUACUGGUAUUGUUGUUGAUGGAGAUGACCUGGAGAAACCGAAUCUUCCUCUGUCUCAGAUGUUCAGGUAUAAGAUAAAGGUGAGUGAUGCACGUCGAGCAUGGAUGAAGAGUCCUGAGAUGUUGCAGAAUUGCUCGACUGGUUUUCAUUUCCCCUCCCUAAAUGCAGCAGGAAUCCAGGAAAAGGUGAAAACACUAAAGUUGCUGCGUUUCUAUAGAGCACAUGAAUAGAGAGGUGGCUUCAAGAAUACAAGGGAGCCUGCAACUGUGUUUAGCUGGCGUAGCAUGUGUAUUUCACACAGGUUAUGUAUAUGUGGUGUACAUUGCUGGCCUGGCAUAUGUCUACUUAAGACUGAUUUCAUUCCAUGAAUUAAUGGCAAUAACGAUUUGUAAUUAUAUUGUAAAUAACUAAAUACCUUAUCAGAU